AAAGAGAGAAGUUUAGAGACGAGACUCUCUGGAAACCUAAUUUUCGAAUUUAUCGAUUUCAGUGAACGCGUAUCAGUUCAAAGACUUGACUGCUUGCCAGCCCACUGUCAGCUAAGGAAUUAUUUCAAAAGCCAUUGAUACUUUCUCUCUACUGUGUUUAACAAUGUCUCAGCAACAAAUCAGCCUUCCUGCCAAGCUGAUAAAUGGAGGCCUUGCAGGAAUUGUUGGGGUAACGUGUGUGUUCCCCAUUGACCUUGCGAAGACAAGACUUCAGAACCAGAGGCAAGGCCAGCAGGUCUACAAGAGCAUGAUGGACUGUCUGGUAAAAACGGUGCGGUCGGAGGGCUACUUUGGCAUGUACAGAGGUGCUGCUGUUAAUCUCACACUGGUCACCCCUGAGAAGGCGAUCAAACUGGCUGCAAAUGACUUCUUCCGCCACCACCUCUCCAAAGACGGGAAAGGGCUGACAGUUUUUAAGGAGAUGCUUGCUGGCUGUGGUGCAGGAAUGUGCCAGGUUGUCAUAACAACUCCCAUGGAGAUGCUGAAGAUCCAGCUGCAGGAUGCUGGAAGACUAGCUGCCCAACAGCGAAAGCCAGGUAUUCUGGCCCCUACCAAACUCAACCCCACCAAUGCUGUCCUCAGUCGCUCCUACACUGUGGUGCCCAGCUCACCUGGCACGGUGUCUGCCACACAGAUCGCCAAGGACUUGCUCCUCAAAGAGGGCAUCCGCGGGCUGUACAAGGGUCUGGGCGCCACACUCAUGAGAGAUGUACCCUUCUCCAUCGUGUACUUCCCUCUCUUUGCUAACCUUAAUAGUCUGGGUAAGCCGUCUCCAGAAGGCGCUGCACCCUUUUACUGGUCGUUUGUGGCAGGCUGUGCUGCCGGCUCCACUGCUGCUGUGGUGGUCAACCCCUGUGACGUGGUGAAGACCAGACUGCAGUCUCUGAAUAAAGGUGCUAAUGAGGAAACCUACAGUGGUGUGAUCGACUGUGUGAGUAAGAUCCUGAGGAAGGAGGGGCCAUCGGCCUUCCUGAAAGGGGCAGGCUGUAGGGCACUGGUCAUCGCGCCACUGUUCGGCAUUGCUCAGGUCAUGUACUUUGUUGGGGUUGGGGAGUUUAUUCUAGGGCUCCUUCAAGAUCCCCAAAGUUGUGUUGAGAUUUCCCCUCAGUGAGGGGAGGUUGGGGUCUAUCAGCUCCCCGUUAAACCAAGGGAUUCACAUUUGUGCUCCAGCUCCUUUUUACAGUGCAUAAUUUAUUUUUGCCUUGUAAAAAUGUGCAUCUCUUAUUACUCACACGAUAUACAUUUCUUUUUUUUUUUUUAAACUUUUUUAAAUGUUAAUAUUCACAGUUUUUCUUUGUUUGCGUAGUCCAGUUUUAUCACUAACUGGCAGUAUUGUAUUGCUCGAGCUUGCUUCUUUGGAAUGUUAAGUUUCAGAAUGAGCAUCCUUCUUUGUCCCUUUUUUGAAGGGGUGUGGAUUACUCUCCUGUGUUUGUUUUUUAAAUGUUUUGUGAAAAUCUAACCUCAUUCCUUGAUCAGUUUACAUUGGCAUCGUGGAUGGUGUUGAGAAGCCACCAGCACACACCGCCUUCUUACAGAGGUCAGAAGGUCACUUGGUCCAGAUUUAGUCAAUUCAUGUUACAUAAUAAUAUAUAAAUAUGUAAAUGUGUUGUAUGUGUGUUUGUGUUUUUCUUUUUCUUUUGGGCCCAGUAUCUGAAUUUGAGUAGUGCCUUUUUGUUAGGCCAGUGGAGUUGUGGUAAAGGUCGUGUUUACAGGCCGUAGUUUACAUUUCAGUCUCUGAUAUCCUUCUCUGGACAGAUCUCAGCUCUGGCCCCCAACUUCCUGUCACACACACUGUUACCUUUAGUGCCCUAUUGGACACCUGUCCUGUCAUAUACUUUGGGCCGGGGUGGGGGCGGCAA